AUGGGAAGAAUUUUUUUUAGGGAAGAAAAGGGAAAGAGAUUUAUUGGGACAUUAAUAAAUAACUAAAUAAUUUCAUAUUAAUACAGGAUUCACUGUCAGUGAGUUGAAAGUUCGUUCCUUCAUUUCAUUCAGUGCAGUCCCCAAUCUCCGUUGUCUGUUCCGAUGGCUUUUCCGAUUGUUGACGCCGGCUACCUUAAGGAGAUUGACAAGGCUCGUCGUGAUCUCCGUGCCCUUAUCUCCGCCAGAAGCUGCGCCCCAAUUAUGCUCCGUUUGGCGUGGCACGAUGCUGGCACUUACGAUGCAAAAUCGAAAACUGGUGGACCAAAUGGUUCGAUUAGGACUGAAGAAGAGUAUAAUCACGGUUCCAAUAAUGGCUUGAAGAAAGCUAUUGAUUUUUGUGAAGAAGUGAAGUCUAAACAUCCAAAAGUGACAUAUGCAGACCUAUACCAGCUUGCUGGUGUUGUUGCAGUUGAGGUCACCGGAGGCCCCACCAUUGAUUUUGUGCCUGGCAGAAAGGAUUCAAGAAUUUCUCCCAAGGAAGGGCGGCUUCCAGAUGCUAAAAAAGGGGCAUCCCAUCUUAAGGAUAUCUUUUACCGAAUGGGCCUGUCUGAUAAGGAUAUCGUUGCCCUGUCAGGGGGCCAUACACUGGGAAAAGCGCAUCCAGAGAGAUCUGGUUUUGAUGGUCCAUGGACAAAUGAGCCUCUGAAGUUUGAUAACUCAUACUUUGUUGAACUGUUGAAAGGAGACUCAGAGUGGUUGUUGAAACUUCCAACGGAUAAAGCUCUUCUGGAUGAUCCUAAGUUCCGUCCUUAUGUUGAGCUGUAUGCUAAGGAUGAGGAUGCAUUUUUCAGAGAUUAUGCCGAAUCACACAAAAAACUUUCUGAGCUUGGAUUUUCUCCAAGUUCCUCGAGCUCCAAAGUAAAUGCAACUGAUAGCAUAGUACUGGCACAAAGUGCAGUAGGGGUUGCUGUUGCUGCGGCUGUGGUGGUCCUAAGCUACUUCUACGAAGUUCACAAAAGAAUAAAAUAGACUAUUCUUAAUCAUGUUCUGAAAAACCAAGAGCUAUUAUAUACUUUUUUUUUUAAUUCCAUUUGCUCAAGUCUCUUAAUGGUGCAAAAAUAAUCAUUUGUUCCUUGAGUACUUAUUCACUUUCAUAUAAAAAGAAGACAAUUAUAUUUAUGAUUU